AUGGUCUCGUCCGCGCACAUCCUCGACCGGACACCCCUCCACAGCAACCCCUCCGUUGCGUCGCGUCCUUCCCAAUCCUCGCGUCGACAUCAUCGACCCGGACGCUCACACCAUGGUGGGUCGGCGCACCCUUCCACGAAUGACUUUCCGAUUUUCACAUACACUGGAGACACGGAGAUCGUGAUUCGCGCCGGCGCGCAAGAACGCCGUUAUCUUCUCCAUCGCCUGAUUCUGGCGCAAUGCUCGGGGUUUUUUGAGGCAAGCACCGCUGGAGAAUGGGCAGGACCAACAGCCCCGUCGCAGAUUUCGCCCAAGCCCGACGGUUCAUCCUCGCGGGUGAGCGAAGGUUCCUUGUCCAACGGAUCGACCUUGGUCCAAGUCGAGCAUAUGAAGCUUCCGUCCCGCGGUGAAGACGCCCGGCGAUGGAGGUUUGAGCUAAAUUGGGAGAACCGUGGGGAGGACGAGGAACCAAUUCUAGUGCAAAAGCGACCAUCCUACGCCCCCAUGUUUGAGAGCGACCACAGCCCUUUUUCUCCCGCAUCGAUGAAGCCGUCCAACGUCCAAGCGGGAUACUUUCGGUCCAUGGCCAAUCUGGCUGGAAUGCAGUCGGCGGCGCAUCUUCCGCCGACGAGGAACGGUGACCAGGAAGCCAUCGAUCCUUUGAUCCGCGACUACGACAAUCUGUUCCGCUUGUUCUACAACUACUCCCCCGUUCUCAACAGCGUCAACAUUGCUUCGGCAUAUACCGAGUGCAAGUCAUUGCUGGCCCUGGCGGACAUGUACGAUGCACUUCCCGUCACUGGUCCGCGAGUCGAUCACCAUCUACUCGGCUUUGGUUCGCGCUUGUUCAAGCAGAUUGCCAAGUAUCCGCCUAGCUAUCUGAAGCUGGGAUACUUGGCUCGAAGUCGUGUUAUCUUCUCGGAGGCGCUUGUCCACGUGGUGGGCCAGUGGCCCGCUGCCCUGCCAAAUUUACGGACUGAUUCUUAUGCGCCGUUGCCCAACGCGGUGCUCGAUCUGAUCGAGGACAAAUACGAGGACCUGGAGGACCUCAAGGCCCGUGUGGAGGCGAAACUUCUCCGAUUGUCUCUCACAACCUCUCGUGGCGAACGGGUCGGCCCCUCCAAUGCAUAUCUUGACUGGCUCGCUGUAUCCCUCUUCCGCCAGUGGCUCAUUGAGAACACCACUCUUCCCCCCGCCCCCAUUCUCAAAACUCCCUCGCAUACCACUGGUAGCACUCACCAACCGCCCCCAGUGUCUGGCUCCCAGACAACAUCCACGAGGCCUGUUGCUCAGCCAGAUCCGGUCGCCCGUGUGUACAGACUGAUCGGAUCGUCAUCUUCCCAGGCAUACCUGAACCAUGAGGAAGUCAAACGAUUUCUCAAGUUGUCUCCCACUCCGUCAUCCGAUCCGCUGUACACGCGGGAGACGUUGAAGCGAUUUGAACGGAAACUGGACGAGAUGAAGCGACUGGCUCGCGAAAUCGUCAAGCCCCUCACACGCAACUUCCUCGAGUUAGAUCACAAGACAGGCUCUGACCAAGUCCGCAGCGCUUCCGGCACUCGUGAAAGCAGCUCGUCAACCGGGUUGCCGUACCUCACUUGCACACGCGUCGAUGAAGCCGAUCUGCCGUGGGACCCCUGA